AUGAUGUACUCCAAGGUCAUCACCGUCUGCCUCGCCCUCAUGGGCUCUGUCGCCCCCGGCAUCACUGCCGUUGGGCCUCUUGCUCAGGAGGUUCGUACUGAGACCAAUGAACCUCAGGUUGUCGGAACCGCUGUGUCUGAUGGUCACACUGUUUACUCAGUUAAUCAGUGCACCAUGUUCUUCACCACCGCGUGUGACAUCUCAAUCUCCUACGGCCCUCCCGUCUCUACCGAGACAUCUACUUCCUCUGUCGUUCUCUCUUCCACAGAGAACUACCCCAUCCCUACCUCCGUCAUUGAGACAUCUGUUGCCACUGGUACCGAGACCACCCCUCUGAGCACCGCGGCUUCGAUCUCAACCUAUCCAGUCUACACUGGUUCGGAGACUGGCAGCUACGCCACCGGCACUGGCACUUCCACUGCCACCGCCGAGACAGGCACACCCACUGCGGGCGGCGCCUUUCAUGGCAUCUGCCAGGCCGCUCCCAUCGGAGCAGCCGUCGUCGCUGCUGUUUUCCUCGUCUAG